ACUGGGAGGUAACGGGCUGGGCCAUGGGCGGGCGCGCCGGGAGCGGGGCCGGGGCUGGGCCGCGUUCUGUGGGAGCCGAACCCUGUGGGUCUUCGCUGCCGCCGUCGGGAGCGGGAUGCGGCCCAGAAACAGCGCGGGGCUGGCCGAUCGGGGCCGCGCGAGAGGCGCUGCGGGUGAGGGUGGGGCGCCACGAGGAGAGAGGGACCUCGAGCGUGAGGGCCGAGUGUGGGAGAAACGCUGUAUGGGUGCGAGCCCCGGAGGCUGAUGGUGACCGCGAGGGAGCCAGUCUUGGGGUGUGCUGGCGACGCGGCGAGUGUGAGGGAGACCGGGGGUGUGUGUGGAGAGGGAAACCCCAGGUGCGAGGGUGACCGGGACGCUGAGUGCGCGGGCCGCGCCGCGAGCGUGAGACUGUGCGACGGUGACCCUGAGUGGGACUGUGACUGCGCCUCCGACUGCAGGACGGAGAACCUGUGCUGUGUGGCGGCCGCGGUGGGGCAAAGAAAGACGCGGGCUCAGGACCUCAGGAGCCAGGCUUCCUGGGGCUGUCGCAAGAAUGACGAUUAUCAUUUUAAAAUCAGUCCUUUUACUUUAGAGAAUGCCGCAAGGUUUUGUGGCGUGCUGGAGCCUGGAGCGUUGGGCUGCUGGCGCUGGGGAACCCGCGUGCCCCUGGUGAUUAUGGCUCUUUUGAGCGUCCCUAUAGCCUGUCAUCUUGUGUGACUAUCUCUCCUGAAUGUGGGGAGAUAGACGUGAAACAUUCUGAAAAUUCUUUGCUGGGCUCUAAGCAAACAUGUUGUGUAAUGGUCAGUAUAAAUAGGAAUCAGGGUGUCGGCGAACACGUUUUUGAGUACCUCUUGUAUGCCCUGGGCUUGGUGACACAGUUAAAAAGAAUUCAGUCUCUGCCCUUGAUAGGGGAAAAAGCCAGGGCAGCUCAUCUCGCAGGGCGGCAGUUCAGUGCCCAGCCAUCCGGAGCUUGUCUCUCAGAACUGCUCCCAGAUUUCAGAUCUGGGAGGAGCAGACUUGAAAGGCUAGUUUAUGUGGCCGAGGCAGACAAGUGGAAUUAGGCCUUGCUGCAGGGGACUUCAUUUCCUUCUCAGUACUGGACCCAUUUAUGAGGAGGUGGCUUAUGAAAGUGUGAUGUUCGCGUAUUUCUUGACAGAGGGUCUGCAGAUCUACUCUGGGGACAGGAUAGACAACACGUCUCACACAGGCCACAGUAAACACAGGUGUGCAGGAACCGUUUGUCAUGGAAGCCAGGGAGCCUGGGAGGCCCACACCCACCUACCAUCUUGUCCCUAACACCAGCCAGUCCCAGGUGGAAGAAGAUGUCAGCUCACCACCUCAAAGGUCCUCCGAAACUAUGCAGCUGAAGAAGGAGAUCUCCCUGCUGAAUGGGGUCAGCCUGGUGGUGGGCAACAUGAUCGGCUCAGGGAUCUUUGUCUCACCCAAGGGUGUGCUGGUACACACUGCCUCCUAUGGGAUGUCACUGAUUGUGUGGGCCAUUGGUGGGCUCUUCUCUGUUGUGGGUGCCCUUUGUUAUGCAGAGCUGGGGACCACCAUCACCAAGUCGGGAGCCAGCUACGCUUAUAUUCUGGAGGCCUUUGGGGGCUUCAUUGCCUUCAUCCGCCUGUGGGUCUCACUGCUAGUUGUUGAGCCCACCGGUCAGGCCAUCAUCGCCAUCACCUUUGCCAACUACAUCAUCCAGCCGUCCUUCCCCAGCUGUGAUCCCCCAUACCUGGCCUGCCGUCUCCUGGCUGCUGCUUGCAUAUGUCUGCUGACAUUUGUGAACUGUGCCUAUGUCAAGUGGGGCACACGUGUGCAGGACACGUUCACUUACGCCAAGGUCGUAGCGCUCAUUGCCAUUAUUGUCAUGGGCCUUGUUAAACUGUGCCAGGGACACUCUGAGCACUUUCAGGACGCCUUUGAGGGUUCCUCCUGGGACAUGGGAAACCUCUCUCUUGCCCUCUACUCUGCCCUCUUCUCUUACUCAGGUUGGGACACCCUUAAUUUUGUAACAGAAGAAAUCAAAAACCCAGAAAGAAAUUUGCCCUUGGCCAUUGGGAUUUCUAUGCCAAUUGUGACGCUCAUCUACAUCCUGACCAAUGUGGCCUAUUACACAGUGCUGAACAUUUCAGAUGUCCUUAGCAGUGAUGCUGUGGCUGUGACAUUUGCUGACCAGACGUUUGGCAUGUUCAGCUGGACCAUCCCCAUUGCUGUUGCCCUGUCCUGCUUUGGGGGCCUCAAUGCAUCCAUCUUUGCUUCAUCAAGGUUGUUCUUCGUGGGCUCCCGGGAGGGCCACCUACCGGACCUUCUGUCCAUGAUCCACAUUGAGCGUUUUACACCUAUCCCUGCUUUACUGUUCAAUUGCACCAUGGCACUCAUCUACCUCAUCGUGGAGGAUGUUUUCCAGCUUAUCAACUACUUCAGCUUCAGCUACUGGUUCUUCGUGGGCCUGUCUGUUGUUGGACAGCUCUACCUCCGCUGGAAGGAGCCCAAGCGGCCCCGGCCUCUCAAGCUGAGCGUGUUUUUCCCCAUCGUGUUCUGCAUAUGCUCCGUGUUUCUGGUGAUAGUGCCCCUCUUCACUGACACCAUUAAUUCCCUCAUUGGCAUCGGGAUUGCCCUUUCUGGAGUCCCUUUCUACUUCAUGGGUGUUUACCUGCCAGAGUCCCGGAGGCCACUGUUUAUUCGGAAUGUCCUGGCUGCUAUCACCAGAGGCACCCAGCAGCUUUGCUUUUGUGUCCUGACUGAGCUUGAUGUAGCCGAAGAAAAAAAGGAUGAGAGGAAAACUGACUAGAGGUCAGAGGUGGCUUUCUGAGGCCUGGAAGGCAGGCCAACCAGCAAAAUCCUGAUAACAAGACUCUGUGGGCCCAACUCUCCUGAAUUAAAGGAGCCUUUUGACCCACAUCAUAUAGUGGGGCUCAGGGCCAGUGCUCACUCUUAUUGGUAAGCUAUAGGAGGAGACUCAGGAUCUGGGCCAACCUCAAGGUGGGGGCUUCAGAGGGUGGGGGGAAGAUUGGGGAACGGGGGGACUGGUCAUUUAGUUUUACUCCUGAUAGGUAGAUGCAGCUCUUACAGAUAUUUACUUGGUAAAGUGCAGUGGGGAAGAGGGAAUGCUAGGUUGAUAGGGCUGGUGGCUUCUGAAUUUGGUAUUUGAACUAGGAGUCCCUAUAGAGGGGCUGCUUUAUGGGAAGUUUUUCUCUGACCAGGUACAACACCUGACUUUAAAGGCCUGAAAUGCUACCAUUUCUUCCUCUGGCUCAAAAUUCUUCCCUGGGGAGAGAGUUAUAUUCCCUUAUUUAUUGAUAUUUAGUCCAGAACACCAGUUCUAACGAAGCAUGCGUGUCUCUUCAUCUACAGGAUGCAAUAGGCUGAUUGUAUUUAAAAAUCAAAGUACCCAAAACUGAGUCCCUUUGGGCUCAGAAAUGUCUGUGGUAUUGGGUCAGACUCUGACCACAGAUUUUAUGCUGUUUAGCACAAUUUCUAUUGAGUCUUACCUGCAACAAUGAACCUUAAAGAUUUUUUUACUCACGUACCUGUUACACUUUAGCAUACAGAUAGAUCAUAGAUCACGUUACAAGCACUUGGCUCAGGUCCAGCAGGGACAUAUGAACAAAUUCCUGAGUCAGAAGUCUGUUAAUAUUGCUGUUUUGAAGGACAAUCCUUUAUUUUACUUGAGACCUUACAUCUUUGUUCUAGCUGACAGUAAAUCUCUGGGUUUCUGUUACGAACUCUAAGAGGGCUGAAACUUCUGAUAUUCAGGUGGAUCACCUGAAUUCUCUCAGCUGUCAAUGGCUUGGAGAACAUCUCAUGGGCCCAAGUCAUCAAAUAACCUGUUCCUCUCUGUAAGGGCAGUGUGAGGGACUGCUGUGCAGACCCAAGCAAGCCCACCCUGGUGCUAGGUCAUUUCACUUUUCUGAAAACCUCACAUCAGGCUGCAUCCUCUUCUGUCCCUGGCACCAGGCUUUGUUUACACUUGGAGCCACCUUGGUGUGGGUCACCAGGACAGUGUACUCCUCUCCUGCCAGCCUCCCCUUCCCCGAGGUGUGGUGGCUGCAGUCUCAGGAAGAGCUUGGUACUUGUGGGGACUUCUGUUUUCUCCCUGUGGAGAUCAGUGAAGACUGGGAGGAAAGCUGCUUCAACCUGAGUCCGGCUCUUCAGCAGGCUGCACAAGUGGAAGCAACUAAUUCUGGUGCUCAGGCUGGGCUCUCCACCCAAGUUAGGCCUGCUCUGGCCUAAUGGAUCUUACUGUAUGAGCAGGACGGCUGCAUUGGAUUGUACAACUGUUUUGUGAUGCCCCCAGACACUGUCAUCCUGGGCCGAGAAGAACCUGCUAGCUUGACAUACCCCAUGGGCUUCUUAUCCUUAGGUUUUGGAAUUGGUCAACAGUGAGGCAGUCUCCCUUCCUGACCAUUCUUCUCCACCCAGUCACAGAUAAGGGAAUAACCCUGGCCAUAUAUUUGCUCAAUAAAGAUUGAAGGAAGCAUGGUCA